UUGACGCAGCGGGGGAGUCCAAUGGAAGCCUUCGUCGCAACCCGGAGGAAACAAUCGAGUGCGAUUUAGCUUAAAAAUAAUAGCAGAUAUCAGAAUAUAGUGUUAUAAAUUAUAUAUUUCCCAAUCAGUCAGGGUGUGCCGUUCUCGCCGUUGUGUUUGGAACUCGCUGAUUCGCCGUCAACGACGUGUGUUCGGCCUUGUUUAUACUGUGCAGGGCAGCUUGAAUCAGGGGAGCAGGCCCGGUCCUGUGCGAGUUCAACGGCCGCUUCGGGUCUGGAGAGUGUUUUGUGCGGAUCGGCCCUUUAGCUCACCAAAGAAUAUGACCCAGAUGCAACAAUGACAUCCAGAUUUGGUAAAACCUACAGCCGCAAGGGAGGAGAAGGCACGUCCAAGUUCGACGAGGUUCUGUCCACCAAGAGAGGCACCCUUAGUACCAAAUGGGGUGACACCAAAUACAAAGCCAAGGUAGGCUCCAAGCGUGCCGGUGCACCCAAGAAUGAUUCUGUCCUGGAGGUGUACAAGAGACCCCGUCCGAGUGGAGAUGGCUUGGAGGAUCCGUUUGGAUUUGACAGUGAUGAGGAAUCCAAGCCGGUGACGUCUCGCAGUGGCAGCAAGUCAUCACCCGCCAAGCCGACCUAUGCGGAGCCUCCACAGGCGCAAAGGCCUGGCGUUUCUCUGGACACGGGGAGCAGGUCCAGCCUACAGGGGGCAUCUCACACUCUGACGUCCUCACGAGGGGCGUCGUGGCUGCCUAAUGACAGGAGCCAGCCCAGGUUGGUGGAGGACACAGCUCGGUUCUUCAACAGCAGCAGUGCUAUCACAGGGAAGUCCCAGCAGAGCUCUGCAUUGUCAGAGAACCAGCACAGCUACUCAUGGUACCAAAACGCUUCAGAGAGUGAUAAGAAGCCCCUGGCGCAGACCACCGCCCUGAAGACAGGGUCCAAGGCAGAGUCCACCUACGACUCCUGGGAUGCCAUCAUGGGUCUCCGUCCGCCCUCACCUGACCAGGAACCUCGCAACCCCGCCCCCACGCUCUCUUGGGCUUCAGCCGGCAGCACCGUGGGCAGCUCUGAACUAAGGCAGAUCCGGCACGAGAAGCCCCCCUCUCCCCCACGGCUCCAGAGCCCCAGCGAGAGCGAGGACCUGGGAGGUGACACGGACUUCGUUGUGGAGACGUUGGACUACUCUCAGACCUCCUCCUCCUCCUCGUCACUUGUAAGAAACUGUCGGACAUACAGGAGGCCUAACAAACAGGGCUCCGGCAAAGCCUCGGACUCAAGCGGCUUUGCCAGUGCUGUUUCUGCCACAGAUCUUCCCAAAUCCACGUCUGACGGCAGUAAUAAGACGACAGGUGGAGGAGGGGGGCGGGGGCGGGGCAGGACGAGGGACUUCACGGUGCUGCAUCCCUCUUCAGUGUCGAUGUGUAACGUCACGAUCCAGGACCGAGGUGUGGAGGAGUUUAGUUCUGAUGCAGCACCCUCUAGUGGCAGCAGUAGUGCAGGUUCUGGCAGCACCACAGAGCUGGGAGAGGCGGGAUGGCAACGGAAGAAGACUGAACAACAAAACACGAGGUUCAAACAAACCCAGACAAAGUCAAAGAAGGACAGCAAACUGGACCUGUUUGGUUUCGAUGACGCAGAGGCCCAUCAGGAGAACAGCGCAGACAACGCAGACGGACGAUCCAGUUACAAGAUCCAGUACUUUGGCUUUGACGACAUGAGCGACAGCGAUGGCGCAGACGACGAUGACGACCACGGCGCUAAAGAGAGGAGGAGGGCCAAGAAGGCUGCAGCCGCCAAGAGAACCCCAGUGGUUACUGUGGAAGAUACACCGACCGCUGAGCCGCCGGAUCCCUUUGAGAGUCUGGAGAGGUUUGAGAGGCUGGAGAGGCCGAUGGUUAAGGAGAACAAGAAGAACUCUGAGAGGCCGGAAAGCAGGAUACGAGCAGACCUCCUGGACUUCUCAGAGGACGGCCUCAGAGUGUUGGCUGGGGUUACCAGGAGGCAGCCUCCGGGCAAACCAGCCGAGAAGAACCCAGACACCUUCAGAAGGAUCUUCAGUGCACACAAGAAGUCUCCCACCAAAGCUGUGUACAACGCCAGACACUGGACGUUGGAGAGUGAAGAGGAGCCCCCUCCAUCUUUCUUCUCACGAUCACAGGCAGCUGCUGCGCCGGUCUCAGCAGGAGGAUCCAGUAAGGAGUCCCCUGACGCUCAGAAAGACGACAGCGUUUUUAAGGCUCCUCCCCCUCCUCCCAAGGUCACCAAGUGUGUCACCCUGCCCACAGAUCUCUACCAGGAUGCCGUCACUGCACUCAAAUGCCGCAAAGAGCACAAGGAGCUGUAUACAGUCGUCCAGCAUGUGAAGCACUUCAAUGACGUGGUGGAGUUUGGAGAGAACCAGGAGUUCACUGAUGACUUUGAGUAUCUGGCUACUGGUCUGAAGAGUGGACAACCUCUCAACACACGCUGCCUCAGUGUGAUCAGCCUGGCUACACGCUGUGCCAUGCCCGGCUUCAGGAUGCACCUCAGGGCCAGAGGGAAGGUGGCUCAGGUCUUUAAAACGCUCAACGACGCCCCACAGCACCCGAAUCUGGCUCUGUGUACGGCGUCACUGAUGUACAUCCUCAGUAGAGACCGGCUGAACAUGGAUCUGGACCGAUCGUGUCUGGACCUGAUGAUCCGGCUGCUGGAGCUGGACCAGGACCAGGGGGGCGGGGCCGGGACGGGGACAGACCCCACGGCUCAGUUCAGCGCCCGAGAAAUCGCCAAGAUGAAGGAGAAGAUCAGGAAGCUCUGCGACACCGUGCACAACAAGCACCUGGACCUGCAGAACAUAACGACGGGUCAUCUAGCCAUGGAGACGUUACUGUCUCUGACUUCAAAGCGAGCGGGAGACUGGUUCAAAGAGGAGCUGCGGCUACUGGGAGGACUGGAUCACAUAGUAGAUAAAGUGAAGGAGUGUGUUGAUAACUUAAACCAGGAGGAUGAGAAGGAGAAGAUGAUGUCGUCUCUGUGGGGAGCUGAGAGGUGUUUACGGGUGCUGGAGAGUGUGACGGUCCACAACCCCGAGAACCAGAGCUACCUGAUCGCCUACAAAGACUCAUCACUCAUCGUUUCUUCUGCGAAGGCAUUGAGGAGGUGUGAGGAGAUGAUCCAGCGUUACAGCAGGGAGCUGAACUCAGACGCAGCCGUAGGGAAAGCAGUGGAGGACUGUAUGAGGGCCAUUAUAGGCGUCCUGCUCAACCUGACGCACGACAACGAGUGGGGCAGUACGAAGACCGGAGAGCAGGAGGAUUUAAUAAUGACAGCUCUGAACUGUGUUCUCAAAGUACCUCAGUAUCUUCCACAAGAGCAGCGGUUCGACAUCCGGGUACUGGGUCUGGGCCUGCUGAUCAACCUGGUGGAGUACAGUGCCAGGAACAAGUACUGUCUGAUGGAGAUGGAGAUGGAGGGAGGUCAGGGUCCCUGCGACUCCACCGUCCUGCUGAACCCUCAGCACCAGGACAUCACCAGCAGCGGCCCGCUGAGCGCUAUCGCGGCUCUUGUACAGCUGUUUCUCCAGCGGGAACGGGCCGCCAUCCUGGCUGAGGCGCAGACAGAUGACCUCAUCAAGGAGGCGCCGAAGCCUGCACUGGACCAGAGCGGGGAGUGGCAGGAGACAGGCGGGGAGAUCCAGUGGGUCGCCAACGACAACAACACCGACAAACAGGAGGAUGAAAAGAAGGAGAAGGACGAGGAGGACGAGGAGCUGGACCUCAACAAAGCUCUGCAGCACGCAGGGAAGCACAUGGAGGACAGCAUCGUGGCCUCCUACACAGCACUGCUGCUGGGCUGCCUGUGUCAGGGGAGCCCGUUGAAUGUGACUACUGUGAGAGAUAACCUGCCCAAAGGAGAUUUCUCCAUCAUGACAGAAAUGCUGAAAAAGUUCCUCAACUUCAUGAACCUCACUUGUGACGUCGGCACCACAGGACAGAAGUCCAUCUCCCGGAUCAUUGACUAUCUGGAGCACUGCUAGAGAGAAGCCUGUCUCACUCUCUCUCUCACACACACACACACACACACACACACACACACACACACCCCACAACCAUCUCCUUCAUUUUCAUCAACGCCAUCAUCAUCACCAUCACUUUGUUAUUUUCUUCUAACAUACACACGUCUUCAUCAUCAUCUUCAUCAUCAUCAUCAUCUUCAUCUUCAUCUUCCUCCUCCCUGUGUUGUGACCAGAUGUCGCCCUCAUCCUCCAGUUAAAGAAGUGCUCUCCUUGUUUUCAUCGUGAUAACUGAUGAGUCUUUUUCCCUGAAAUCGACCUGAGAUGAACUUAAAUUGAUUCUGACUUAAUGAGGGAUGCCCCCCUGCCACACACACACACACACACACACACACACACACACACACACACAGUCACACACACUUAUUUUAUUUUGCUUUUAUUAAAGGUCCAAUCCAAGGCAGUAUUUUAUUUUUUUCCACACGUCCUUUAUUUAUCAAAGCUGCACCAAAUGAUGUUUUUUUGGGCGUUUUUAAAUCUGGUUUUUAGUUUUGAUAUACCCCCCCCCACUCCUCAGAGUUUCCCACAGUUCAGCUCUUUUCUCACCUGCCCCCCCACCCCUCUUCAUCCUGUGAAAACUGCCCACCUUCGUAUCGAUUGGUGACAGAUUGGAGUGGAGCAGCCAUUUUCUGCAGCCUGUCAUCAAAGCCUGGCGGCCCUGCGCUCUGCCUCUGGAGCUCAUAAUUGCCAAAACAACUCAAGUGGUUAAAAAAACAACUACUGACCGAAAUAAUCGCGUCACACGCUGUGUUGUUCUUCUUCUCUUUUUGCUGCGCUGACCUCUCGACUCUGUCGGAAGGAGGCGGUUUGAGGCAGAGAAAUCAAAAGUAUCGAUCUUUUCUGGCCAAAGAGGACAGAAAUAGCGAGUUCAGACCCUGAAUUGCAGCUUUUGUGAAGUUAAGGUGGCAUUUUAAGGCGGGAUGGCCUGUAAAUGUUUGCAUCAGGUCUGUUUUUAGGUGUUUUCCGUCGGUCUAAAACCAGAAAAGUUCUCUUUUCUUCAACCUCUGCAGCAGACGAGCUGAUUUUAAAUCGCUUGUUGUUCUUGUUGCCGUCGUCGUAACAGAUGCUCUUCCCAGCAUGCCGAGCGCGCACAACAGCACACCUGAGACAAACAGAACGAUCCUUGAGGUUGUUAAAACUCUCUGGAAACUUUGGACGACUCCCCACCCCCCUCUAAAAGCAGAAACUUUCUCCUUUCAUAGAAUCGAUCGCCCUCUCGCUCGACAUCAAAGCUUUGUGUCUCGGCGGGACCCGAGCCCUCCGGACCAGAACCUGUCCUCCUUCAGCUCCUUUCAAUUACCGCCCGCGUGCGUGCUCGCCGCUCACAGAAGAGCCUUCAAUUAAAGCACAAAGGCAGUGGUGAUGCCCCGGUCUGAAAGGUGAAGAUGAGCUGCUUGCUGUGGUUUGAAGUGAGCCACCAGCGGAGAGGCUUUCAGAGAUCAAGCUGAUGCUUUCUUCUUCCUGUUCGGGUUGUUUGUAGCCGCAGAGACUUCAGCUGCAGCCGUUAAAUUUUGAGAAUUUGUCGUCUUUAUGGAAAAAUCCUCCUCCGAUCCUUUUGUCAGAUCCAAUCAACUUAUUUACAGGAAGCAGUUUUCCGCACUGUGCUGUUUUACAUUUCCCUGAGCCUGCGUUCUCGUUCCCAGGAUGCAUUUCAGCAGAGUGCAGCUGCUGGGAGGGUGAAAACUGUAGAAGUUAGUUUCCUUUCUGGUGGAUUUCUGCAUGCUGAUGGUUGAUCAGUCCAACAUGGCGACUAACAGAGGAAUUCAAAUCCUUUCCUUUUCUGUUUUUUAGUGUUUUUAGAUGGCUUUAUUAAAGAUAUCAGACUACAUGAGGGAGGAGACUGAGACGCAAAAUGCAGCAGCUGUUUGUCAAAAGAUUCGAGGUGAUUUUUCCUUUUUU